AUGGCGCUCUACUUCAGUGUAGAAGAUCUGGUUGAACGUGCCCUGCGGUCCGCAAAACGUAUGGCUUCCGAGUCCGAGGCCUCCCCGUCGUCGUCGUUUGACACCCUAGAGUCCUCUCUUCUCCAAUUCUCCCACCAUUUUGGUCUCAAUAUUCCCCUAUACACCCAUUUCACCUCCCCCAUUCGGCGUUAUGCCGACCUCCUGGUGCAUCGCCAACUGGCCGACAUCCUGAGCAUUGGCCAUUGGCACUGUCCCCUUCCAAAGCGACUGGAGGGCAGCUCAGCUCCUAAUACGCCGCCCCACCUGCCG